UUUUGUUUUAAUUCUUUAUUAUUGUUUUACCAGCUGCCAGUGUGUGAAAUCUAUGAGUCUAUUUCUUAUCAAUUCAGUGGGAGUUGAGUUCAUAAUAAUGAGCAUAUGUGGGCGUUGUCUCUAUUGGUACACUAUUUAAAUGUGAACAGGGAAUUCAUUCAGAGUUCAUUCAGAGAGGUUUGAGUUUGAAUUGUUAAAUCUUUCUGUGGAACUGCAUCUGUGUUUCUACAAUCCCUUCAUCUUUAUUUUUUGGUUUGUGAUUGAGUAUAUGCAGAUGAAGAUGUGUCUUGUCAUCUCAGUGUUGCUGGUGUUUGGCUUGCCUUUCAUCAUGACUGAAGUUGUAGAUUCAUUUAAUACAUGCAGUCAAUUUUUUUUUAACAAACAGCCUCCAGUGAUUCCUGGCAUUCUGGAGAAUUCAGUCUCACAGAAUAACAAUCGCUACAAAUUAAUCUGUCAGAAAUAUGAGAAGGCUUACAGAUUUGCAACUCUCUACGACACAACAAAUAGGAUCCCUGUUUUCUCAGCUUACAGAUACACUGGGAAAGGAAAUUUCCCAAGACCAAAGAUGAAAUGGAUGACUGAGUCUCAGCUUGAUCCUCCUGUUGCUGAGAUGACUGUGCAAUGUUUAAACCAGGCAAUCAGUGCAGACUACUGCAAUAACUGUGAAAGUAUAAAAGUGAAUCGCGGCCACUUGUUUCCCUGCUGUCAUGCAGCUGAUUCAAAAACUGCUGAAUCUACAUUCACACUGACCAAUGUAGUGCCACAGAAGAUCAGCUUUAAUGCUGGCAGUUGGAGUCGCAUGGAAAAGGAGACCAAAGAAAUCAUGGACACAUGCAAAAAUAACAACAAUAAAGUUGUAGCCUAUGUGCUGACCGGAGCUAUACCUGGUAACAAUAAAAUGGAAGAGAAAGUGAACAUUCCCUCUUACAUGUGGAUGGCAUUUUGCUGUUACAACAGUAUGGAAAAAGCAUGGGUCUCCCAAGCUUACUGGGCCCCAAAUGAAGAAGAAAACACCAAAGUCAUUAUCCCUAAAAAGAGCCUGUUGGAAUUACAGGAAUUUCUGAAUGAAAAAUGGGGGGAAAAUGUACAGCUGUUUCAGAAUUACUGCAAACCAAAUAUCUGAUCACUGAAUAAUCAUUUAUUCUGCUUAUUGGAUUAGAAGUCCAUCAAAUGCUUUCUUUGAGCUCUUCCAGAAUCCUAACUUAGCAUUCUGCUCUUAAUUCAUAGCUCUCCCACAUCUAUUAAACACACGUCUGUGAUCAUAUUAUAUUGAAUUGUGUGCAAACUGCAUUUUCUCUAAUAAAGCUUGUGCAAAUGUUUACAUAUCAGAGUCAUCUCACUGACUGAAGAAAAAGAGGAAUAUCGGGGUGUAGUGGUGGAAGUACAGGUCCAAAAAAUGUUUGUAAGGACAGCAAUUUCACUACAACUUGAGAAGGAAACAAAGUUGUUUAUUGGCACCAUCAAAAAUGAGAUCAGAGUUUGCAAACAUACUAUCAACAGAAAUAAAAGACACUUAGGCCUGCUGGUAGGGGUUGCACUGACUAGACUAGUCGACUUUAUUGCUCUGACAUGACGUUUUAAAGGGUAAAUAACACACACAGUUUCCGCCAAUACCAUGUUAAUCUUGAGUACCUAAAAUUUAGUACUGCAUCUUUCAUAUCUCCGAAAAAUCUUUAGUUUUAUUAUAUUUAUAAAAGAUAGAUACGCUGUACCAAGUCUUUUCGAAAAGCAUAACUUCGACUACUCGCUGGUCAUGGCCCAUAGAGGGCGCAGCAGGAUUACAAAUCUUUGAAGUCCACAUUUACGCUCAGUAUCCGCCAGUAACAGUUAAUGGCAAAUAAAUGCAUGAAUCCAAGAGUGCUCCACAAGAUAUGCUUGAGCCCCUGCCCCUUUGAUCGCGAAAGUGAAAGUGCCCUUUGCGGUCGCAUUGCGGUGCCCCCGCGUUCCCAUUCACCCCCCAUUUGCAUUUUUUAGGAAACGCUGUGUUAUAGUUUUACUGAUUUAUGCAGUCCUACCGUGACUAUUUUUCGCCAGGGACACGACGUUGCCAUCGGACCAAUGUUUGUUGGGAUAUUUCUUAGUAACUAUACAGAUUCACUGUAUUUGUAGAGAGAAGCUGCCAGGUAGAAUUAAUUCACACGCAAUUGCUCUACAUUCAUUAAUGUAAUCUGAGCUGAAUCUUUACAUUUUUUUAUUUAUUUAUUAUAAAGUUUAUCUGAUUUGAACUUGAGCACCGCGUUUUUAAAAUGCCGUGACAUGCACGAGAUGCUGCAAAUGUUGUUUUGAUCUGUAAUAUAGACGUCUUGACCAUUGCACCCAGUAUUUCCAAGUGAGUGGUUUUCCCGUGGACUUGAGCUACUUUAACACUGUUACCAUGAGUUGUUUUUAAUGUCUGCAGGUUGAAGCGACCCCAAAAAACAUGAUAUUUAGCCCCUGGAAUGCUAUUUAGUUUUGUUUGUUUUUUUUACCGAGGGACCCCCCUGAAACGCGAUCAGGCUAGUUCUGACCAGCAAUUUGGUGGGUUUUGUUGUUAAAACCUGUCAACCCUGUUUGCGCCACGUCUGCUUUUUCAGCCUUGACAUAUCUCUUUUCCAUUUUUUCACGAUUUUAAAGCUUUGGGACUGUAUAGACAAUAUACUGUACAUAGACAUCACGAAAAAUAUGCUGCAAAUAGACUAAUGUUUUGGACUAGCCUAUUGUUAUUCCAUCUGUUCUCCACGAGAGGACGCAAUUACAAAAAAAAAAAAAAAAAAAGAGAAACUUCAAGCAAAUUCAAUAUGUUAUUGUGCAGCGGCCUAAUUCCACAAUUAGGCCUAUUGUUAUUUUUCUAUCAAGCUAACAGAACAGGCUAACUGAACUUCAGUCAUAAUCAUUUAUAUAUGAUGCUUUCUUUAUACCAGGAUUAAUUGAGGGUCCAAACUGGGGCGACAUGUGGACUUACAGUGGCAUUUAAAUUUUGGAAGACAAAUGAAA